UAAAUUCUGAUUCGGGUUUGGGUUUGGGUAGUGUAAGGAAGAAAGAAAGAGGGUUUCCACAGAUUUCGGCAAUCGACAUUGCAGAGCUUUUGAGAAAACAAACACCCCGCACCCGCUGCCUCUUCAAUUCUCUCUCUCUCUCUCAAGCUUUUGGGAAUAUUUUUGAUUAAUUUAUUCCCGUUUUACCACCAUCAUUCCUCGUCGAUCAACUCGUCGACUCCCACAGUUACAACUUCCUAAACCCUACUUUUUAUUUGUUUAUUUUUUUUUCUAUAUUUAAUUCAUGGCUACGAGUAGUAGUGCUAACGGCAAUCCCGCAUCGUCGUCGUCGCCGCCGCCUCCGUGGACGCAAAUUGUCCGGGGCGAAUCUGAGCCGAUCGUCGCUGCUCCUUCUUCACCCUCGAGUACGACGACGCACGUGAUGUCUUCUUCAUCGACGCCUGCGAUUGAUCCGGCUGUCCCGUCGGUGACGGUGGAGGAAUCGAUGUGGGACGGGUCGGAGAGUGGACCGAAUGGCAAUGCGGGGAAGAGGCAGGCCUGGAACAAGCCGUCGAAUGGGCCAGUCGCGGAGGUUGGCCCGGUCAUGGGUGCGGUCUCUUGGCCCGCUUUAUCGGAGUCCACUCGGGCUUCGGCGAAACCGUCUUCCGAAUCGUUGAAAGGCUUGUCCGAUAUCGGAUCACCUGUCGCCGUAUUACAGGGGACUGGAACAACAUCUUCCUCUUCACAGAAACAAGUCGGUAAUAAUGCGAAUCCUAAUCCAACAUCAAACCAUAGCAUACACACGCGCCAGAGAUCCAUGAGGCGUAAUAAUGCAAGCACAUCCUCUAAUGGUGGCCUACCUCAGCAGCAGCUAGCACCACCAGGUGCAGUGGUUGAAAUGGGUCCAAAUAACCCUUCACCUAAGGAUCACACACAAAGAAGCGGGUUUGCAUCACAAUCCCAUGGUGGUAAUGAUCAUCCACCGCAUCGUAACUCAUUUAGGAGCCGCAAUGGUGGCUCACAUCCACGUGGAGAUGGUUCUCACCAUCACAAUUAUGGAGGCAGCCGUGGAAAUCAAGAUUGGAAUGCUCAUAGGAACUUUUCUGGUAGGGACAACCACAUGCAACCACAGAGAGGUGCUCCUAGGUUUAUUAGGCCUCCACCACCACCACCUCUGAGUUCCACCCCAUUUAUUCCCCCACCACCUGUGCGGCCUUUUGCUAGUCCCAUUGGUUUCCCUGAACUGCCGCCUCCAAUGGUAUAUGUUGCAGCUCCACCUUCUGACUCACUCAGAGGCAUGCCUUUUGGUCCACCAAUGCUGCCUCAUCCAUUCUAUUAUCCUCCUGCGGACCCUCAUUUGCCUGCUAAGAUAGUGAAGCAGAUAGAAUAUUAUUUCAGUAGUGAGAAUUUGAUUAAAGAUACAUACUUGCGGCAGAACAUGGAUGAUCAGGGUUGGGUUCCUAUUACAUUGAUAGCACGCUUCAAAAAAGUUAUGCUCUUGUCAGACAAUAUACAGUUUAUACUGGAUUCUGUGCGAACUUCUAAUAUUCUGGAAGUGCAGGGUGACAAGAUAAGAAGGCGUAAUGAUUGGAUGAGAUGGAUAAUAUCACCUUCAGUUCAUUUUCCUAAUGCUCAAGGCCAACAGACCUUUGGAGAGCCCAGUUAUGAUAUGCUGGAAGCUCGUGUCCAAAGCAUGGCACUGGAGGAGAAGACUACUAACCACCACACUACUGGGGGCCAAGCUGAUCCUCAUGGAGCGGCACUCGAGAAUGAGUUACCAUCUGAGGAGUUGAGCAGCCCAUCGCAGCUGUCAGGCGGAAGGAAAACAGAUCAAGUCGGUAUUCGAGCCAGUUCUGAUCUUUCAACAAGAAAUUAGAGAAAGAGAUGUGCGAGUUUGCACAUUUUUUUAAAAGAACUAAUUUCAGAAGAAAAGAAGGGGGGGUUGGGGGGAGGGACUUGAUGACAAUGGUGAAGAUCUUGCAUUUUCUUGAAGAUAGUGGUCUUGCCGUGGUACGAUAAAACAUAUCUCGUAAUCACAUUAAAGACAUUAUUAAGAAGGAAAAUGAGAACGUACUAUAGAACAGAAAGAUUAAAGCAGAAAAAAAAAAAAAAAAUUCAUGACUCAAAGCUGGUUUUCAUUGGGGAAUGCAGGUAUGGUUUUUGUGGAUGGUUUUGCGUUUAACUCCAUUUGUUUUCUUAUGGUGGCUCGAUCGGUGUUUUUUGGAUGGGAGUUUUGAUUUCAUCUCCCAUUGCUGCCCCUCAGCUGGUUUUUUUGUAUCUUUUGGGGGUCAGAUCACCUCCAUUUUCAGGAGGUUUACAUACAACUCUGAAGACUCUGAGAGUGAUGGAACUGCUUGGUGGAUUUAUGUCUGCCUAUCGGGAGGGGAAAAGGACGUAGGUGGGUUUUGCUGGAUGCCACAGCUCGUGCGCCACGACUGCUAUAUUAUCUAUUUUCGAUCUAGUUUUCCUUUAUUUUCUGGAUUUUUCUCUUGUCACAUAUACCAUAAUUAAAAUUACUUUUUUAUAUGUA